AUGAAUCGUUUUACGCGAGUUAAUUUAACUUCGUCGUUAAGACCUGUGUUAGCAGGUAAUGAAACUGUCAUUGCCACACAAGACAACGUCGGACUUUAUGACGGUAAUGAAAAGACAAGUGAUUAUACAAAUGGCAUAGUAUACUUGACUUCUCAUCGGAUUGUUUACGUUGAUGAAAAGAAUCCCACAACCAAUUCGGUUGCAGUUGAUAUAAGAUUAAUUAAAGACAGGGAGCUUUAUGUAAGAAAAAGAAAUGUUGAACAACAAUUUUCUACCCCUUCUUCAAAUCCUACCGAUAGUAUUGAAAUUGCCUGUCCUUUAUGUACAUUUUUAAAUCAUCCUAGUAUGAUUAAUUGUGAAUUGUGUGAUGCCGAAUUAGGAACUAUCAAUAUGGAUGGAUUAAAUAUGGAAAGUGAUGUGGGAAGUAAUAUUGAAAAUGACCGACAUGAUUUUGUAAAACUUUCUUUUCGUCGAGGAAAUAGUACAUUUUAUGAUAAAUUAAAGGUGGUAAUGUCAACGAAAGAAUGGGAGAAAACUGACGAGUCACAAGCAGAACAAAGUCAAAAAGAACAAGAUGAAACAUUAAAUCAAGCAUUUAAAGAUUUGGAUGGAUUAAUGGCUAAUGUGACUGAAGUGGUUAGACUUGCCGAAAGUAUCAAAAAUAAAAUAAGUAAGGAUCCCGAAUUCCUUGCUGAUGAAACAUCAGAUUUUAGAACUUAUUUAGUUGAACUAGGGAUACAAAAUCCUGUUACAAAAGAUUCGGCUGGAUCUGUAUAUCAUAAAGAGCUCGCACGUCAACUUGCAGAAUUUCUUGAAAUUUUAUUAGUUAAAGAAAAUGGAAUGAUUGCUUUAACAGAUAUUUAUUGUAUUUUCAAUAGAGCACGAGGAGUUUGUAAUGAUGAACAAACUGCUCAACGUAUAAUAGAUUUCAUUAAAGAUCGUGAAUCAUUAACAGCAAUAGAAUUAGCAUCUUUGGCAAAAAUGAGUGUUGUCCUGGCAAUUGAACAAUUACAGUUAUCAAUUUCAAUGCGUACCAUAAACAAUAAUUUACAAGUUUUAUCUAAACUGGCGGCGGCAAAAAAACGAACAAAUGAAUUUACCAGUAAAGAAAUCAUGACGCAAAAUAAUAUAAGAUACAAAAACAAUAUAUCACCACCAAUCCCUUAUUCCUCCUCCUCUUCUUCUUUAGAACUUGACCGUUUAUUUGACACGACUUUUAAAGCUAUUUGUGAUUUGGAAAUGUUUGAAGUGAAAUUAAAUUUAAAGAGACUUGACUUAGAAAAAGCACUUUUAAAUUUAAUUAAAAAAUUAAUAGAUUUUGGUCAGAAUAAGAAAGCUAUUGAACUUUUAGUAAAGCUUCGUUCACGUUUAUCACAAUCAUUUGUUAAAAAUUUGAUGACUUUUUAUAUCGAUUUAUGCACUUUUCCAAUUAAUAUUAUUAAUAAUGAUGAUAACCGAGAUAUUCACGAAAUCGAUCAAAAUAAUCAAAACCACCGAAAUCAUCGAAAUAAUCAAAAUAUUAUUAAUUCAGAAACCAAGUUAUUAGUUCUUUCAAGUUUAGUUUGUGCCAUGCGAUGUUUAAUCGAAUUAGAUGAUAACCGAUUUACAAAGGAAAAUAAUGGAAAUCCCAUGAAUUGGGCGAUUUUGAUGAAAGAUAUUGAUCCAAUUCUGGUUAAUUCAUAUUUGGAAAUGAUAAUACGCGUUAUUUCUAAAGCUUUGGAUGCGUCAAUGAAUAUUUUAAGACUACGUGUAGUUUCUAUAAAAGCAUUCACAUUGACCACUCGUUACGAAUUAUCUUUAUUAUUGGAUUAUAUUUUUAAGAAAUUUGUAAUUUAUCAAGAAUUAUUAACAUUUCAUGAAGAAGCGUAUAAAAUUUUAGAACAACAUAUAUCUUUGGUAGUUCAGAAUCCCAAAUUUUUUAAGUGGCUUGAACAUUUUACGCGUGUUUCUCGAAUGGUUAAUAAAUAUACGAAAGUUAUUAUUAUUUAUGAGAAAAUUAUUGAUGCUAUGUCAAGGUUAUUAAACACAAAUAAAGAAAUAAUUUAUAAUUCACAAAUUAUAAUUUUGAAACUUAAUAUUGCUUCAUUAGUACUCGAAAAUUUACUCAUUGUUGAUCAUGGACUUCGUACAAUUUCAAAUUUAUAUUAUCGAAAAGGAGUUUAUUAUUAUAAUAAUAAUCAAAUCAAAGAAGCUAUUAAACCUAUUUCUGAAUCUUGUAAAAUUUUAAAUCAAUAUAUACAAGAAUUGCAAAGUGUUGAAGAUAAUUUUAACAAUAACAAUUGUUCAGUUGAAGAAAUUCAAUUACAUUUGAAAUUUCAAAAAUUUGGUUCAUUGAUUUCUUCUCAAACCAUUCUUUCAGUUUCACAAAAUGUUCCCACAAUUCCAAAAUUAAUUGAUCGUUAUAUUAAAUUAUUAUUAUUAUUAAUUGUCGAUAAUAAUAAGAAUAAUGAUAAACUUAUUUCUUCCUUACAUGAAAUAUUAUUAAAUUGUAAAUAUGAUAAUAUUAUUACUUUGGCGGGAUUAUUUGAAUAUGAAUUACGAGUAAUGAAAUCAAUAGAAGAUAAAUUUGAUGGUUUAGAAUCGGAAAUGAUAUUAUAUGACAAAUUAUUGGAGUGGUAUGAUUAUAAGAAUUUUCCAAUUCGUAGAGCAAGAUCAUUAAUAGAAUUGGCAAAAAUCGCUCGACGUGUAAAAAUAAUAGAAAUGUCAAAAAUCUCACGACACGUAAAUAUAAGAUCAAAUGCAAUUGAAUUAAUUGAAGAAGCAGCGAAUCUUUUAAAAACUGAUGAUUUAGCUCAAGAUUCAAAUCUUGCUCAUCUUCGUUAUUAUUAUUUAGCCACAGCUUAUUCUUGGAUGGGUAUUUUUGGUCUGGAAUCAGGAAAUCUUACAUUCGAUCCAUUUAAUUGUGCUUUAAAUUUAUGGAAAAGAAUCUUGAUAGAUAUUCCUAUGUGUUUCGAUACCGAAGUAAUUUCUGUUUCUUCAUCAAAACACGAUCGGCACAACCAACACCAUCAAUACGAUCAAUUGGAAAAUGUCAGGAAAAAUAUUGAUGACGUAGAACGAUUUUAUGGACAUUUGGAAAUGUUAGCAGAUUAUUUUGCACUCAUCAAUUUACCAAUUAAUCAUAUUUUGACAAUAAAAUUGAUGUUGAGACUUAAUAAUGGAAUUAGAAAAGAUGCAAAUAAUAUUCUUUCAGGUUAG